AUGUACAGCCUGCGUGGAGAGAGGUGGCUUGGACCAUACCUGCUGCCUAUCCUUACAGCCGUCCGCGAUACUGUGGCUUUCUUCUUCGUCACCAUGAUGAGCAUUGCGGCUGCUACACACGCAUACGUCAUCCUAGGACCACGAGGGGAAGACACCUACCCCGUCUAUUCCGCAUUCACCCAUACCAUUCGCUUGGCAAUGUUCGGAGAUUUUGACCUUUUUGAGUAUCAGGGCCAGGACCCAGUGUAUGAGCAGAGCGUGACAAAUCCAAUGCUCUGGGAGCCUGUGGACCCGGAGCCGACAGAUCUUGACCCCAAGACCUACCUCUACCUGCAAGGGUUGUUCUUCUGCACCGGGAUUUUCGUUCAGGUACUACUCCUGAACCUGCUGGUCGGCAUUUUGGGAACGAAUUACGAAAGGCAACUAGACCGACACCAAGUCCUCUUUGUGCAGGCCCGGGCACGCAUGCUGCUGGAGGUUCAGCGCCGCCCUUGGGCCCGCCUCUCGGACCUUUGGGAAUGGUUGCAAUCCCCGGAGCAAGAUGAGUCAACAGCAAGCCCUGAUCCAGAUCAGCGGGACCAACAGACACGAGAUAGAUUUGGAGACCUGCACUGGAUGUACUGGGGGUGUGCGCAGGUGGCUAUCUUCGCUCUUCUUCCAUUGCGAUUAGUCCUGGCUCCACCCCUGCCGACCGAAGACCUUCCUGCUGCGGCAACCCUAUUCCGCCGCUUCAAAACUCGCACGGUGCAGAGACCUGUGGUUAACCAUCACUCCUUUGCCGUGGUGCUCGCCCUUCUAUCACCUGUCAUGUUCGUCCUCUCGCUCGUGCUGCUAGUUGCCUUCUUCGCCAUCCUCCUCGUGGCCCUGGUGCUGAAGUGCAUUUUGGGUAUCCAGGUCUGGCAAGAUCAGUGA